GAGCGGUGAAUUCUCGGAAAAUUCUUCCCCGCAAAUUACAAUUAGCGCGUCAAUAUAUACGCGCACCUCGGCUCCCCCUUUUCUUAAACACCCCCAUCUCGUUAUGGCUCCUUCAGACUUUGCAAAGGCGGAUAUCCAUAAGAUUGUCGAACAACUCACCACAGAUGAAGCUAUUCUACUCAUAGCUGGAGUUGGCUUCUGGCACACUCAUGCUAUUGAACGACUUGGUAUCCCUGCAAUAAAGGUUAGCGAUGGUCCGAACGGUAUUCGUGGUAACCAUUUCUUCAUGGGCACGCCAGCCAAAUGUCUUCCGUCGGCUACAGCACUUGGAGCAACUUUCAACCCAGAGCUCAUCGAAACCGUUGGUCUCAAGCUAUUGGCCGGAGAGGCCAAGCUUCGGGGAGCUGCUGUUGCUCUAGCUCCGACUUGCAACAUUCAACGGAGCCCUCUUGGAGGAAGGAGUUUCGAAAGUUUUUCCGAGGAUCCUCACCUUUCAGGUAUGAUAGCAGCUGCCUACGUGAGAGGCGUACAGUCUGGAGGUAUAGCAACAACAAUCAAACACUUCGUUGGAAAUGACAAGGAAAACGACCGUAUGGCCUACGAUAGUAUCAUGAGUGACCGCGCACUGCGCGAGAUCUACCUGAUGCCUUUUAUGCUUGCGCAGAAGUACGCUAGGCCUUGGAGCUUCAUGACAGCUUAUAAUCGAGUGAAUGGGACGCACGUCUCUGAAAAUCCCUUUAUCAUCCAGAAGAUCCUUCGCGACGAAUGGAAAUUCGACGGAAUGGUUAUGAGCGAUUGGUUUGGAGUUUACAGUAUUGAUCAUAGUAUCAACGCUGGCCUUGACCUCGAAAUGCCCGGAACGAAUAAGUGGAGAACGCUUGACUUGGUUAAACGUUCUAUUGGUUCUCGUAAGAUCACGCUUCGAACUGUGAAAGCAAGAGCUAGGAAAGUACUCGAGUUCGUUCAGAAGUGUUGCCAAGAAUGCCCCGAGGUGCUUGAUGGAGAUGGCCAGGAACGUACUGUAGAGACGGAUAAGGACAAAGCACUCAUGCGCAAAGUCGCCGCUGAGUCAAUUGUUCUUCUCAAGAAUGAAGGGAGUCUCCUUCCACUCAAACCUGAGGAACAGGGUUUGAAGAAGAUUGCUAUUGUUGGUGGAAAUGCGAAAGCUCGAGUGCUGUCAGGCGGUGGAUCAGCUGCGUUGAAACCGUCAUACUUCAUCUCACCAUACGACGGUAUUGUCAACGCACUAAAGAAGUUUGGGGAUGAUGUGGAGGUCAACUACUGUGAGGGAGCUAGAGCUUAUAUGACUAUGCCGACCCUUGAGCAAGAGUUAAUUACCGAGGACGGUCAGCCUGGAUGGAUUGGAACGUGGUAUUCACAUCUUAGUGAUACCAGUAUGACGCCAGCAGAGAAACCAUUAAGCUCGUUUCCUGUAGACGAGACGCGCAUAUUCAUUAGUACCUCUUAUCCGGAAGAACUCACAACGAGAUGGACGCUGAAGCUUCGCGGUUUCCUCGUACCCAGGAAAGUAGAUACACCGUUUGAAUUUGGUUUGAUGGUUGCAGGCAGGGCAAAGUUAUUCGUCGACGGACAACUCAUCAUCGAUAAUUGGACUCGUCAGCGAAGAGGAGACUCCUUCUUCAAUAGUGGGACACAGGAGGAGAGAGGCGUUUUUACCCUCAAGGCUCACACAAAACACGAGGUCCUUGUCGAAUUUUGUAACGUUCGUGGACCUGCAGACGGGGACGAAGAUGAAGUUGUCAUGGACAGUAAUCCUGCGGUGCAACUGGGUGGAGAUACCGUCGAAGAUUUCGAUAAGCUUAUGAAUCGAGCUGUCGCUGUAGCGAAGGAAGCAGACGCCGUGAUCGCGGUUGUAGGCUUAAAUGCAGAUUGGGAGACUGAAGGCUAUGAUCGGACCACUCUCGCACUACCUGGACGUACGGAUGAACUCGUAUCGAAAAUUGCGGCCGUCAACAAGAAAACCGUUGUGGUAACACAGUCGGGAUCUGCGAUAACUAUGCCAUGGACAGAUUCGGUGCCGAGUAUUCUACACGCAUGGUAUCUAGGUAAUGCAACAGGCGCCGCAAUUGCGGAUGUUUUGUUCGGAAAUCACAAUCCCUCUGGAAAACUCAGCAUGACAUUCCCGAAGUCGCUGGAGGAUGUUCCUUCCCAUGGCCAUUUCCAUUCUGAGAACGGAAAGGUCCGAUAUGCAGAAGACCUCUACGUGGGGUACAAACACUAUCAUCACCGCAAGAUUGUACCACAGUUUCCGUUCGGCCAUGGGCUUUCCUAUACGACGUUUUCGUUAUCCUCGCUGAAACUUUCCGCGCCUUUCGUCGGCGGUACUGAAUGUGGUUUCGUUGCAACUGUCACUGUCACCAAUACCGGUGCUAUCUCUGGCUCAGAGGUCGUACAACUCUACAUUACUCUUCCUUCCACGCCAGAAUAUACCCAUCCUGUCUUGCAACUAAGGGCAUUCUCGAAGAUUCAAGAAUUACAACCCGGGAAAGCUAUGGAGGUCGACAUCCCAUUGGACAAGUAUGCCGUAUCAUAUUGGAAUGACAAGAUUCACAGUUGGGUAGUUGAAAAGGGAGUCUAUAGUGUCCAGGUGGGCGUAAGUAGUGAGAACAUCGCACUCGAAGGUACAGUGGAGUUGAAGGAAGGAUUCGAGUGGAAUGGUUUGUAG